AUGCCAGUAGAGGGUGCAAUCAGAACCCAGAGCCUUCUUUCAUUCGAGGUUUCUUUCAUUCGAAACCAGUCACAUUUCGUACAGACCCAAUGUUUUCGUUCGGAACCAUUGUCUCCGUUUGAUCUAUUCCAGACACUUCUUUCAUUCGGAUGCAUAGCCUCCUUUAAUACGAACCUUCAAUCUCCAUUCAUACAGACGCAUAGUUUCCUUUCGUUUGGAACCAGUGCCUCUUUUCGUACGGAAAAAAAAGUGCCUUCUUUCGUACGGAUCCAAAGUUCGUUUUGUUCGGAACGAGUCUCUCCGUUCCUUUGGACCCAAUGUCUCGUUGCACACAGAUCCAGAAUCUCCUUGCGUUCGGUACUAGAGUUUCCUUUCAUAAGGAACCAGAGUGUUUUUUUGCACGUACCGAUCCAUAAUCUCUUUUCAAACGCAUCCAGAAUCACCUUUCAUAUGGAUCCAGUGUCUCUUCAAUUACGGAUUCAUAAACUCGCAGUUAUCAAUCUGUUACUCUCAUUAUUUAUCUAUCUCUACGACUUAAUCUAUCUAUCUAUCUAUCUAUCUAUCUAUCUAUCUAUCUAUCUAUCUAUCUAUCUAUCUAUCUGUUUGAAACUUCAUUUUUAUGCUCCAUGA